AUGGAUGACCCGCAAAACCCUUACGCCGGCGCCCAUCGUCACCCAAAGGGGCCAGGCGAUGCAAGGCCAACCGCCUUACAAAUCGUCAAGGACAAUGAUCGCACCUCCAAGCUACAGGACCUGGUCAUCCUGAUCACAGGCUGCUCGAGCGGUCUUGGAGUCGAGACUGCUCGGGCUCUCGCGACGACGGGGGCGACAUUGUACCUCACGGCGCGCAACCUUACCAAGGCGCGAGAAGCUCUCGGUCCAGAGAUCCUGUCGAAUUCGAAUUCCUGCCCUGGAAGGGUUCACUUACUAGAACUGAACCUCGACUCGCUCGCGUCGGUGCGAGCCUGUGCAUCGGCCUUCCUCGCACAGUCAGGCGGCAAGCUCAACGUUUUGGUCAACAACGCCGGGAUCCGGCACGUCCCCUUUUCCAAGACGGAAGACGGCUUCGAGCGGCACUGGGGCGUCAACCACCUAGGCCACUUUUUGCUGAUGCGACUGCUGUUGCCGGGCUUGCAGGGUUCGUCGACGAUGGAGUUUCAAUCGCGCGUCGUGGUGCUGAGCAGCACGGCAUCGCGGAACGAGGAUAUUAGUUUCGACGAUGUCAACCUGGAGAGACCGGGAGCGUACACGCCACCGAGGGGCUACGCGCAGAGUAAGUUGGCGAACGUGUAUAUGGCCACGGAGAUCACAAGACGGUAUGGCAUUGGCAGCGGCAACGACACGGCCAACAGCACCGGCACCAGCACCAGCAACAGCGCCCAGGCGAGCAGACCAGGCGUUUGGGGCCUCGCGGUCCAUCCUGGCGGAAUCAGGACGGGCUUGCAAGCUCCGAGCGGUGGACUGCGGGAGGUGUUGACGUGGUAUUACAUGCGUAAUAUCAUGCGGGUGCUGAAUUACAUGAAAAGUCCCGAGCAAGGGGCCGCGACGACGGUGUUGGCCGCGGUGGGCAAGAGGUUUGAAGGCCGUGGGGCCAUGUAUCUGGAAGAUUGUGGUGAAGCGGUGCCUGUGAAGAAGGGGUGGGGUCUGAUUGAUCCAGGGUACGUGCCCGGUCGGACGGAUAAUGAGGUUGAUGCAAAGCGGUGUUGGGAGAUCAGUUGUAAGAUGGUCGGAAUUGAAGAUGAAGGGUAG